AUGGGCUACACACACUACUACAAAGUCGAGGACUGGUCUGCCAAUGAAUGGCAAACCACUUGGCCACAGCUCAUCCAAGACACCACCUCCAUCAUUGAAGCCGUGCCAGCUAUCCCCCUCUCCGGCCCCGCCAUGGUGACUUUUCAAGAAGGAAGGGACAUCCCCAAUCCGCCCACCGUGGAUGUCGACGAGGGAAUCUGUAUCAAUGGUGUCGAGGAAGACUCGUACGAAGAUUUCAUCCUGAAAGAGAGCGAGCCAGAUGGCUUCUGCAAGACUGGCAGACGUGCAUAUGAUCUGGUGGUUACUUGCGUAUUGCUGAGAGCGUACCGGUUAGCUCCGAAUACGUUCCAUUUAAGUUCUGAUGGGUGCUGGAAUUUGGAGGAGGAAUGGGUUCCCGCACGAGCAUUAUAUCAUGACAUCUGGCCAAAUGAGCCUGACGACAAACCCCCGGAGCUUUACGAGAGUAGAGAUGAGACCGAAAACGAAUAG